AAAUUACACUGAUUUCUUAGAAGUUUGAUUCUUCGAUUCUAUAGAGUACGUAUACGAGAGCACAAUUUGAAGCAAUGGGUCUUAAACCAGACCAGUUCGUUAAAGGCGUCGAUGAAAACCUUUUCUGUGCAAUAUGCCAUGAAGUAUUUCAAGAUCCUGUGAGCUGCAAAGAUGGUCACACAUUCUGCAAGGACUGCAUUCACGAAUGGCUCAAGACGAACGAGAAAUGUCCCAUGGACAAUGGUUUCUUGACGAAGGAACAUCUUGUCCGUGUUUUAAUGGCCAGUGGAAUCAUAGACAAUCUCGAAGUCUACUGUCAUCCACGUACAACACAACACAAGCCAAGCGAAGGAUGUGACUGGGUUGGCAAACUACAACAUCUUACGCAGCACAGAAAGACUUGUCCUUUCCAGGAGGUCCAGUGUUCUCAUGUAGGAUGCAACCAAACAAUGUUGAGAAGAGAACUGGAGCACCACGAAGAGAUAUGUGACUUCAGAAAAGUGGAGUGCGAAAUAUGUGGUGUGGCAAUACUUCAACACGAAAAAGAUAAGCACACAAGAGACGACUGUUUACAGGCCCUGAUAUGUUGCCCUAACCGAUGCAGCGAUAAGCUGCAGCAACUCCUAAUUGUUAAGGUUAAAAGGAUCAAUAUGCCUGAUCAUCUGUCUAACGUCUGUCCAAAGGCUCAAGUCGACUGUCCAUACAAAGAGCAAGGAUGUGAAGUGAAUGUUGAGCGCCAAGAUGUCGAGAAACACGUACAAGAAAACAUGGCAGAACACAUGAUGUUACUUGCUAAGGAAUGCUCGUCGCUAAAGAAACAAUGUUCUUUCCUUUCCUUGAGGUGUUCCACGUUCGCCCAAGAGAACUUAGAGUUGAAGAAUGAGUUACAACAAAUGAAGGACGAAUUCCAUAAUCAACUCUUAGGAAACAGUAGCUACACCUGGGUUGUACGUGACUAUCCUAACCUGGCCAAGAAUCCCCCCAAUGGACCUUCUAUCAAAAGUCCACCUUUCUGGUUACGUGGGAAUAAAUGGUGCAUUAGUUUGUACCCAAAUGGAAACACUAAAGAUGAAACAGGGUUCGUAUCACUGUUUCUGAAGAAGAUUGAAGAAGAUUCACAGUCAUUAAGUAACACCAUGCCCAUUACAUCCCACAAUGAAACAGAAAUUCCUUACAGACUGACUGUGAUUAGCCAAAAGCCUGAUACUGAUGAUGUCUCUCGUGAAUCAAAAAGCAUAUUUACUGAACCGAAAAACACAUGGGGAUGGACGAAAUUCAUGAAAUCAUCUGAUGCGUUUUCGCCGUCUUAUUGUAACAAUGGCAGAUUAAUCAUCCAGUGUACAAUACUCCCAAAUAAACCAGAAUAGGUUCCAUGUCACACAGAUGAUGUACUUUGUACAGCCUACUGUAACAGUACCAAUGGUAGUCUAACCAUCUAAUGUACAAAACAGAAAGAUAAACCACAAUAUUGUUGGUAUGACAACAUCAGAA